AUGAUGUUCAACUUCCAGGAUUUCGGUUUCACCCGACAGAUGAAGAACUUGUGGAGUUCUAUCUUCACCGGAAAGGUUGAGAAGAAAGCAAUCAGCAUAGAGCUCAUCAAGUCCAUUGACAUCUACAAGCAUGAUCCUUGGGAUCUUCCAAAAGCUAUAAGUACAGCAGGAGAGAAGGAAUGGUACUUCUUCUGCAAAAGAGGGAGAAAGUACAAGAACAGCAUCAGACCCAACAGAGUUACAGGGUCGGGAUUUUGGAAGGCAACUGGGAUUGACAAGCCGAUACAUUCCCAUGGAGGACAAGGCCAUGCCUGCAUUGGCCUCAAGAAAACAUUGGUUUACUACCGUGGAAGUGCAGGCAAAGGCACCAAAACCGAUUGGAUGAUGCACGAGUUUCGCCUUCCCAAUCAGGCCAGUUCUAAUGAAUACAUUCACCGCAGCUCCAACACCAAGAACAUCAAUAGUACUGAUCCUCAACAAGAAGCUGAAAUAUGGACAUUGUGCCGGAUAUUCAAGAGAAAUGUCUCGUACAAAAAAUAUACAGCAGAUUGGAGAGGGCUAUCCGGAGCUAAACGCCAUCCAAUGGACACAGUGAGCUCCAAGAAAUGCACAAGUGAUCAAGAUGACCUAGAUCAGUCUAACAAGUACAUCAGUUUUGGUGCUUCAGACAAUAUUAUUUGCUACGAAGAGAAGAAGCCUGUUCUGAACCAUACCAACAUGAACAACUUCAAUGGAAGCAACCAGCAGCUAGAUGCAGUAGGCCAGUUGAGCUCCAACAUGCCUGCUACAUAUCAGUACAUGGAGACUUUCUCAAACUUUUCGUAUCAAGAUCUUGAGAAUGAGCUUUUGAAUGAGAACUGGGAUGAGCUAAGAUCCGCCGCCGUCCAUCUUGCUUUUGAUCCAACGUUUCUGGUGCACGGAGUGGACCAGACUGUCAAUGUUGAUGUGAAGAGGAAGAAGAAAGAGAGAGACGGAAGAAGGAGGUCGCGUGGGUCUGGUGCUCCGAUGUUAAAGCACUAUUGGGUCGCUUUCUUUGUGGUGGUUUCAUGGGUCGUCAACUUCAGAGUUUUAGAUGCCAGUGCUGGUGAUGCUGAUCCACUUUAUAGGGCUUGUGUAAAACAAUGUGGAGAAACCGGAUGUGUAGCGCAGAGAUGCUUUCCACAGUGCAAUUUCUCUUCUGACGGGGUCUCCGUUGAUAGUCCGUGGUACAUGCAAGAACCUCUUUAUAUGCAGUGGAAACAAUGGGAUUGCCAAAGUGAUUGCCGUUACUAUUGUAUGCUUGACAGAGAGAACGAAAGAGAAGCAACUGGUCAUGAUCCAGUCAAAUAUCAUGGUAAAUGGCCCUUCAAGCGUGUUUACGGGAUCCAGGAGCCUGCUUCUGUAGCUUUCUCAGUGCUCAACCUUGCAAUGCAUUUCCACGGUUGGAUAUCCUUUUUCAUCCUUUUAUACUAUAAGUUGCCUUUGAGACGGGAUAAGAAGACAUACUAUUACUUUGCCAGUUUGUGGCACAUCUAUGCUCUCUUAUCAUUUAACUCCUGGUUCUGGAGUGCUGUGUUCCAUAGUAGGGACGUGGAUUUGACAGAGAAAUUAGACUACUCAUCUGCAGUGGCAAUACUUGGGUACUCGCUCAUUCUGUCUAUACUAAGAAGUUUUGAUGUGAAGGAUGAUGCUGUCAGAGUGAUGGUUGCUGCUCCACUGCUGGCUUUUGUAACCACCCACAUAUUGUAUCUCAACUUUUACAAACUGGAUUACGGGUGGAACAUGCAAGUUUGUGUUGUCAUGGCAGUAGUACAACUUCUUCUUUGGGCGAUUUGGGCUGGUGUCACUCGCCAUCCAUCACGUUGGAAGCUGUGGCUGGUAGUAGUGGCAGGUGGCCUUGCAAUGCUCCUAGAAAUUUAUGAUUUCCCACCAUAUCAAGGGUUUGUGGAUGCUCAUGCGGCCUGGCACGCCACCACUAUUCCCCUAACUUACGUUUGGUGGAGUUUCAUCAGAGAUGAUGCCGAGUUCUUAACCUCGAACCAAAUGAAGAGGUUGAAAACCUCUAACCUUGCAAAGAAGGCAAAAUAG